AUGGUGCAAGUGAAGCCAUUUGUCCUUGAAAACUGGGUUCGCCAGUUCAAAGGAGCGAUUGCAGCAAAUUUUAUUGUCCUUGAUACUCUUCUGGGUCCAGGGGGUCAUGUCAUCUGUCAGUAUCCAACGUACCAACAGCUCUACGAGGUUCCUCGUCGUGCAGGCGCCGACGUGUCGCUAUGCAAUCCAAAUAAACCCACUGGCGCAACAAUUCCCCAAGCCACCCUUGAGAGCUUGGUAUCCUUCGCUGCCGAGCGUAACAUUAUCAUUUUCAGCGAUGAGCAAUACAAAAACAUCAUUGCUGUCAGCAACUUAUCCAAGGCCUACGCCUUGCCGGGCAUCCGUAUUGGAUGGGCCAUCUCUCCGAAUCCCGCGCUUAUGGAGCAAAUCACUCUAGCCAGGGAUUAUACAACACUCUCAGUCUCGCAGAUAGAUCAGGAUAUCGCAACUUUUACCCUAGGGCUCGGCAUUCAAGACGGACCUCUAGAUCGUUCUUGGAACAUAUGCAAGACCAAUCUUGCCUCGCUGGGGAAAUUUAUCGGUUCUUAUCCUGACCGGCUGCACUGGAUGAAGCCUACUGGUGCUUCGAUGGCGUUUGUGCGUAUCCUUGACGCGCAGACUGGUCUGCCUCUUGAUGAUGGCUCUUACUGUGAGGGACUUCUUAAGGAGACAGGUUUACUGCUUGUGCCUGGUGGAAAGACGUUUGGUACGGAGGGAGAUGAUGACUUUAAAGGGUAUAUUCGUUUGGGGUUUGCUGUUGCGCGGGAGAAAUUUGAGCGGGCACUCAAGAUUUGGGGCGAGUAUCUUGAUCGCUCUGAGGUGUAG